AUGCCUCUGCUUUUGAGUUUAGAAUUUGAUAGAAACUUCUACGAUGCGGUGCGAAGUGGAAAGUUGGAUGAGGUGAAGAAGAUGCUGAAUAAUAACAAGACACUGCUGAACUAUAGAUUUACAAUGGUCGAGGGAAAUGCUGUCCAAGUGGCCGUGGUAGCUGGACAUGAAGAGAUUGUUUCAGCGUUGUUGGAUCAGGAUAUAGAUCCAACAUUGCUGAAAAAAAGAAACGAUUAUGGUGAAACGGCGCUUACUCUCGCUGCUGCAGGAGGGAAGCUGCGUAUUGUCGAGAAGUUAGUGGACAAAAACGAUGACUUAGUGGACGUACGGAAUUCUCAAGGAUACCUACCUGUUGUUGUGGCUGCUCUCUACGGCCACCGGGACAUUGUUCAUUAUCUUUUUCCAUGGAGUCUGUUUAACCUUUUUGUAAGCGUGAGAGAAGAUCAAAGGUUGAGUACAGGCAAUAUUAAUAACGUUCAAAAAGUUCCAGAUCUAAGGGAAGAGAGCAACCAGGCUAAUGAGAAACAUCCAAUUAAUUAUGAUCAGUUGUAUCAAGAUAAUUUCAAGGUCCUUGGAGUCUCCAUGAACACUGAACUCCAUGGUUAUGAGCAAAACUACAACUUCAAGCUCAAGAGAGAAGAUCUGAAAACUGAUGAUAAAGCAACUUACUAUGGAUAUUCAAGCAAGCAUAAUUGGUUUAUGCUUUUCAAAGCAUGCAUUGCGGCUGAAAUCUAUGAUAUUGCUUUGGAUGUUUUCAAGCUACGUCCAGAUCAAUGCAUUGAAGAAAUAAAGAAGGAGAAAGCCCCAUUGGUGUGCGGGAAUAAGCUCAUGUACAAUGGCGAAGGAGGAUGUGCCUUGUUGCGUGAAAUAUCUAAGAAAUUAUUUCGUUCAAAUAUGUAUCAUGCUAAACCAAUAGUCUUGGCGAGGCCAAUGCUGAUGGCUAUUUUACAAGGGAAUGUGGAUUUUGUCGAAGUAGUUACUGAAGAGUGCCCUGAUGUGCUGUGGUUUGAGAUUGAUGGAUUAACACUUGUUGCUCACGCAAUUUCAAAAGGCCCUGAGAAGAUCUAUAGAUUUGCAUGUAAAAGACCUGAAACGGGACAUUUAGCAUCCUUAAUUCCCGAUCGCGAUGGUAACACCCUCCUCCAUCAAGCUGCAAAGUUAUCACCGUCCCAUUUUACCCAAUUUCUUGGUCCAGCUCUACAGAUGCAGAUAGAGCUACAACGAUUUAUGGAAAUGAAGAAGAAGGUACCUAUGUGCAAAGGAAUAUUAAACAAAAAUGACAAAACUCCAAAAGAUUUAUUUGGAGAGGAACACAAGAAGCUUAAGAAUGAAGCACGACGCUGGUUGAAGGAUGUAGCAACAUCUUGUUCAGUAGUGGCAACCCUAAUUGUGACUAUAAUGUUUGCUGCAGCAUCCGCAUCUCCAGGCAGCAAUAAAGAGGAUGCCGGCAUUUGUACGAACUUGCAAUCAAAAUACGUAACUGCUUACAUAAUUUCAGAUGCAUUCUCAAUGUUCUUUUCUUGCACUUCAGCUAUGAUAUUCUUGGGCAUUCAUACAUCGCUUUUCAGAGAAGAAGAUUUCCUAAUCAAGUUGCCGCUGGCUUUGAUGUUCGGCCUUUUCACUCUCUUCCUAUCCAUUGCAACGAUGUUGGUAGCUUUCGGUAUUGCCUUAGUCAUAAUGUUGCGCUUGCGCUUUGUGUGGAUCUCUAUACCACUACUUAUGAUAGGAAGUAUUCCAGUCAUCAUUUAUGCAAUACUGCAUGUUCGGAUCUUCAUUCGAGUUCUCCGUUUGACCUUCUCAAACCCAACAAAUUGA